AUCUCUUUAGUAUUUUUUUUUAUUUUUGUUAUCAUAACACUUUGCUCGUUACUCUUACAUAGUUGUGUACUCUAUCGUACGAUUUUAUCGACCGUAUCUCGUAUUACAUUUCUACGACUCAUCGACCCAUUUGACCGUAUUCGUCUGACCGAUUGCGCGACGCGAAAAUUUCCGGUCGAUAUCUCGUAAAUACGCGGUCAACGUUGGUGUCGCGUGUUGUGCUACUUGCAACGAUUCCGAUCUUCCGCGUCCAGCAAGCAAGUGGCUGAUCGAAUAAACAACAACGAAUGGAGGAACGAAAAUUAAAGCGUGGGGGAAUGGCGUUGUCUCGAUAUCGUUGAUCUAACCAAGAAUAAGAAUUUAGUUUACGACACGCAAUGGACGCUUCGUCAUCUACGAAGGCAACGAUCGAGCUGUUCAAACAACUGCUCGAAAUUCUCGAGGAAGAAAAUGCGUUCGAUCGUACAGGCAACGAACUACUCGUACAAUUUGUUCAUCCAGAUGAAUUGCAAGAACGACUACCAAUUAAACUGACCGAGGAACCAGCUGACAAAAAUGAAAUCGAAAAUGCGAUCCGACAAACGAUCCGAUACUCCGUCAAAACAUACAGUCCACAUUUCCAUAAUCAACUCUACGCUGGUGUUGACGAAUAUGGCCUAGCUGGAUCUUGGUUGACGGAUAUGUUUAAUACAAGCCAAUAUACGUAUGAGGUAGCUCCUGUUACUUUGAUGGAACGGCAAGUGAUAGAAAAAACUUUGGAAUUGAUCGGAUAUCCGUCCAUGCCGGACGGAGAUGGAAUUCUCUGUCCUGGCGGUAGUAUCUCUAAUAUGUAUGGCAUGGUGCUGGCUAGAUAUAAAAUGAUUCCUGACGUUAAGAAGAAAGGUCUCGCGGGAUUUCCACCGCUCGUUUGUUUUACCAGCGAGGCUGGCCAUUAUUCAAUCUCGAAAGGAGCUCAUUGGCUAGGUUUGGGAACUGAUCAUGUUUACAAGAUAAAAUGCGACGAAUUGGGACGUAUGCGACCGGACGAAUUGAAAGCUGCCAUAGCGGAAGCCAGAAGACAAGGUCACUUACCAUUCUUCGUGAAUGCCACCUGCGGCACUACGGUUCUCGGGUCUUUUGAUCCAUUGCCGGAUAUCGCGGCUAUCUGUCGUGAGGAAAAUUUAUGGUUACAUGUUGACGCAUGUCUCGGUGGCACGUUAUUGCUUUCGGAAAAGUAUCGAAAUCGAUUAAAAGGAAUCGAACUCUCCAACUCUGUGGCAUGGAAUCCCCACAAGACACUUGGCGCCCCAUUGCAAUGCUCAUUGUUUCUGGUCAAGGGUAAAAACAUUUUACACGAGACAAAUUGCGCGGGAGCGAAAUAUCUGUUUCAACAAGACAAACAUUAUGAUGUAUCCUGGGACACGGGUGACAAAAGUUUGCAGUGUGGGAGAAAGGUCGAUGGAGCUAAAUUUUGGUUGAUGUGGAAAGCACGUGGGACCAAAGGACUUCGCGAAUCCGUGGAACUUGCUAUAUCAGCUGUUGAAUACUUUAUCGAUCGAAUUCGAAAUCGCAAUGGAUUUCGCUUGGUACUUCCUCAAUACGAAGGUUGUAACGUUUGCUUUUGGUAUAUACCACCGAGCAUGCGAGAUCAACCAGAAACACAAGAAUGGUGGGAUAAAUUAUACGAGAUUGCACCUAAAAUUAAGGAACGUAUGAUGACGAAUGGAACGCUAAUGAUCGGAUAUAUGCCACUAUCCUUUAAAAAACUUGGAAACUUUUUCCGUAUGGUGAUCAAUUGUCAACCACCACCGAGUAAAGCUUCAAUGGAUUACGUAAUCAAUAAGAUCGAAGAAUUGGCCGUUGAUUUAUAAACAUAAAUUAAUGUCUACCCGCUCUACCGAGUAAAUGAGAAAAAAAGAUCGGGAGAAAAUGAAGAUCGCUCGAGUAAUUUAUUAUUGCGAGCUCAUCUCGUUCCUUUUAUUAUAAUCGCGUGAUACUAUGCCACGGUAUGAAGCGUUUA